CACGUGACCUAGCGUUGACACUUCCGGGUGGGACCAAAGUGAGGCCGCGGCCAGGGUCCAGAGCUCUGACGGCAUCCAUGGCGUAUCACGGCCUCACCGUGCCUCUGACCGUCAUGAGCGUGUUCUGGGGCUUCGUGGGCCUCCUGGUGCCCUGGUUCAUCCCCAAGGGUCCUAACCGAGGAGUUAUCAUCACCAUGUUGGUGACCUGUUCUGUUUGCUGUUACCUCUUUUGGCUGAUUGCAAUUCUGGCCCAGCUCAACCCUCUCUUUGGACCACAGUUGAAAAAUGAAACCAUCUGGUACCUGCAGUACCACUGGCCUUGACGAGGAAGACGUGCUUCACAGUGCCCAGGCAUUGAGGUCACAAAGAGAAUGCCUUGUAGAAAAUCACCUCCGAUCCCAAACCACCUUCUGUGGUGGCCUGCUUUGGGCUUUAGCUGCCUUAAAACGUUCACGUGACACUUGAAGAUUGAACUCUGCAGUGCAGUAUUUUCCCUUCACUUUUUAACACUUUGACGAAUGAUGUGCCUACUCAGCCAACUGUACAAGAUGUGCUGCAUUCUUCUGACAGAGCGGUGCUGUUUGGGGAAACCUGGUCCUCCUGCCUUGGAACCCAUGGCUUUGAAGAUUGUUCCUGCCAGCUCGUAACACAAGGGUCACACUGUGUUUCAGAAUGGCUGCAAGACAAAUGAGACUCCGUGGAGCAGGCAGGCCAGCAUGCUCAGAGCCAUCUACCCCAGCAGAUUCACACCAGACUAUAUUUUCAGGAUGAAUUUCUCCUGCCAUCUUUUGGAAUAAAUUAUUUUUCUGCUUUCUAUGGAAA